UUCUGUUUUUCUCUUCUAUUUCCCCUCCGCCCCAAAAAGCACUAACUCAACACACCGAUGCCCGCCAAAACACUCCAAAUUCACACCACGGUUCAAAGUUUGAGAGGUUCGGCACGGCUCGCCUUCAGACUGUUUUUAAAACCCGCAGACACAUUCAUACACGCACGUCUGUGCUGGACCAACGUUUGCUCUGAGCAGCUGAUCUGGAGAAGCAACUGCGGAGAAAGCGAGGAGCUGUCCAUUUCCCAGCCUGCAUUCUUGGGGGUGGGGUGAGAGCAGGACUGCCGGCCUGUGGUGGUACUUGAUGCUUUAUUUUUAGCCUCCUCACGACCCUCUACCACGACAGCUGUCCCCUUCCUCCUCCCUUUCGCAGAGCAGCGUCAGGAAUAGCGACUGUCCCCGGACCUCAGAACGUCGGCUGCCGGGUGGCGUGACGCGAGUUCUUUGGUUCUCAAGGCUGCUUUUCUGUCUCGAACUCUCAUACACGUGUAUUUGCACUUUGCUUAGACCUGCUCUAACCGGGGUAAGGGAGUAACUCUUAACGUGACAAAGGUGCUGCGGGGAUCUCAGCACCAGGAAUCUCCUCCGUUCGGCAUUGUGGGUCUUAUUUACCUGACGUUUGUGACCUCGUAACAUAACUUUGGAGAUCAGCAUCCAUUGUGCCAGCAUCUUGUCUGCUGGUCCCUUCAUCUGUCACUCAUCUUUUCACCCCGCCCUCCCUCAUCCACCCUCAAACCCUUACCCGGCCCGGCCCAUGACAGCAGCGCUGCCAGCAUGGCAUUCUCAUCACGCUUUUCCUUCUGGGAGCAAAAGAUCAAAGAAGAGAACAAGCCCCUCAAGAGUUCAAAAGAGAAUUCUGACAGCGAUGGCAGUCUUAGCAGCCGCUCCCAAUCCGUGCCCAACCUGGAGCCUGGCAUAGGCCUGCUGCGUGCCAAGAGCCCUCAGCCUGUCCGGGAUGCACCUGCACAGGUCCAGAAACCGACUCAACUCCGGGAGCGGGUCAAGAGCCCUUCACCCAACAGAAAUAAAGUGGCUGUCCACAAGAUGUCUGAAGUGCCCAAGAUGCCAGAGCGGUUCAAAAGCCCUGAACCCCCUCGAGCUCCCUUGAGUCCUGAACCUGUUCUAAAUGGGGGGAGUAAAAUGAAUGGUGCACUCAACGGCAAUGCCAAGACUUUAAUCAGUGCCAGCCAGCCUGAUGUCACAGAGGACGGUGGGACCCGAAAGAAGGUAGUGAAGGUAGUGUGCAGAGUGAUUAGAAAAGUAAUCCCCUUUGAAGAAGAAACGCCAACAGCCCCUGCAGCCAUGUCCCCGGACCCUCCAAAACCUGAACCGGUCUCUGUUCCAAAAUAUGUGAAGAUGCCUGUGUUCUCAUUCAAACAUGAUACUAUAAAAGAGGAUAAGGAUGAUAUAUCCUCUGGGCUGACAAGCUUGAUGGCUCGAGGCAGGACUAGAGAACCUCGUCCACGCAUUCGCAAGGAUGAGCCUCCCGAAAAAGAGGAUGUGAAACCUGUGUCAGAGAAAGCCCAAGAGAAGGAGAAUACUGGACCAGCAUAUAAUAAAACUGCACUGAAAGUAGAGGCUAGCCGACCUCUUAAACAAGAGGAACAGGCUGCUACUACCUUAAAUCCAUCCAAGUCUCCUCUUACACCUCCAGCAGGGUUCAUCCCAGCACCCAAACCCAACCCACUCUCUUCUCCAUCAGGAUUUGUACCUGUGCCGAAACCCUCCGGGGUUGUUUCCCCCACCAAUCAACCUGCUCCAAAACCUCCCAUGGCUUCUGCUCCAACUAUUUCCCCACCUUCAGCUCCUGUUCCAGAUCCCAAAACUGUUACCCCCAGUUCUACACCUGUCAUCCCUAAAGCAGCUGCUACCUCAACUCCUGCUAGAUCCAACACUCUGAACCCUCCAGUCCCCAAGACAGACCCAUUCUCCCCUCCUACAGGGUUCAUACCCACCCCCAAACAGAUGGUUGUAAAGAAACUGGAGGUGAAGGCAGCUGUACGUACGACACCAGCCCCACCGGGGAAAUCUUCUCUUGUGAUCCUUUCUAAACCCACUAUCCCAACUUUGGCCAGAAAGGAGAGUCCUCCACUGAGUCCCACUGAAGAAGCACAGAGACGCUUGGAGAGGAUCUUCGCUUCAUCUCUGGAACCUGUGGCCGGUACCUCUGCAUCGUCUCAGGUACAGGGCCCCUCGGGGGACACGUCUUCCCCCGCUGCACCCCUCAAUGGUUUGGCCGGAGUUUGCUCUCGGGUGGCCUGCUGGAUUGGGCAGGUGGAGGAAGAUCCUGUGGCAAUCCUAAAGGCAGACCAUGCUGCUGCCGCUCAUCCUAAGGUGAAGACGGAGGAGCAGAUAGCUGCAGAGCAAGCAUGGUACGGCUCAGAGAAAGUGUGGCUGGUCCACAAGGAUGGAUUCUCUCUUGCUACAGUGGUGAAGACGGAAGUCGGCAGUCUACCAGAGGGGAAAGUGAAGAUCAAACUGGAGCAUGAUGGGACAGUACUGGACGUGGACGAGGAUGAUGUGGAGAAGGCAAACCCGCCAUCGUUUGACCGCUGCGAGGACUUGGCGACUCUGCUCUAUCUGAAUGAGUCCAGUGUCAUGCACUCCCUGCGUCAGCGCUACGGAGGAAACCUCAUCCAUACAUACGCAGGGCCCAACACGGUCAUCAUCAACCCUAUCAGCGCCCCCUCAAUGUACUCUGAGAAGGUGAUGCACAUGUUUAAAGGUUGCCGGAGAGAGGACACGGCCCCUCAUAUAUAUGCAGUGGCCCAGUUCGCCUACAGAAACCUUCUGACCACACGACAGGACCAGUCCAUCGUGCUGCUGGGGAAGAGCGGCAGCGGCAAAACAACAAACUGCCAACAUCUAGUCCAGUACCUGGUGUCUAUCGCCGGCAGCACAGGGAAGAUCUUCACAGCGGAGAAAUGGCAAGCGGUGUACACAAUCUUAGAGGCUUUUGGAAACAGUGCCACUUCCAUGAACGCCAACGCCAGCCGUUUCUCUCAGAUCGUGUCGCUGGAUUUUGACCAGGCUGGUCAGGUGGCGUCCGCUUCCAUUCAGACCAUGCUGCUGGAGAAGCUAAGGGUGGUGAAAAGACCAGAGACUGAAUCCACGUUUAAUGUCUUUUACUACAUGAUGGCUGGAGCAGACAGCACUUUAAGAACCGAGUUGCAUUUUAACCACUUCGCAGAGAACAGCGCUUUCGGUAUUGUGUCUCCAUCUAAGUCUGAAGACAAGCAGAGGUCAUCGCAGCAGUUCACUAAACUGCAGGCAGCCAUGAAGGUGCUGGGUAUCUCUUCUGAGGAGCAGAAAGCCCUGUGGCUCAUUCUUGGCGCCAUAUACCAUCUUGGAGCUGCGGGGGCCACCAAGGCAGAAGCUGACGAAGCGGGUCGGAAACAAUUUGCACGUCACGAAUGGGCCCAGAAGGCGGCGUACCUCUUGGGCUGCUCUCUAGAAGAGCUGUCAUCUUCUAUCUUCAAACACCAGCCCAAAGGAACCCUGCAGAGGUCCACCUCCUUCCGCCAGGGACCAGAUGACGUUGGGGCUGGAGAUAACUCGGCGCCAAAGAUCACCGCUCUGGAGUGUCUGGAAGCCAUGGCAUCUGGGCUCUACUCUGAACUCUUUACACUGGUCAUCUCACUUGUUAACCGAGCAUUAAAGUCGAGUCAGCACUCCUUGUGUUCUCUGCUUAUUGUCGACACACCGGGAUUCCAGAACCCAAAGUUGGCCAAGCGGGACCGUGGCGCCACCUUCGAAGAGCUGUGCCAUAAUUACGCCCAGGAACGACUCCAAACGCUUUUCCAUGAACGCACCUUUGUACAGGAGCUGGAGCGUUAUAAGGAGGAGAACAUAGAGCUUGCAUUAGAUGACAUAGAGUCCAGUACAUCACUCUCUGUAGCUGCUAUAGACCAAGCCUCAACUCAAGCAUUGGUACGGACUCUGGCCAGGACAGAUGAGGCGAGGGGGCUGCUGUGGCUGAUGGAGGAGGAAGCUCUACAGCCUGGAGGCUCUGAAGAAACUUUGCUGGAAAGACUGUUCACUUAUUACAGCCCUGCUGAGGGAGACAGCAAAGGCCCCACCCUGCUGCUGAAGAGCGAGAAGCUGCAUCACUUCCUGUUGGGUCACAGCCACGGCACUGACUGGGUGGAGUAUGAUGCUCGGGGCUGGUUGAGCCAUGCCAAACAAAACCCCGCCUCUCAGAAUGCUGCCAUUCUCCUGCAGGACUCUCAGAAGAAGAAUAUCAGUGGAUUGUUUAUGGGACGUUCAGGGGGGGGCACCGUUUUAUCCGGCUCCAUCGCCGGGCUUGAGGGCGGCUCACAGUUGGCUCUACGGAGGGCCACAAGCAUGAGAAAGACCUUCACCACUGGCGUGGCCGCUGUCAAAAAGAAGUCCCUCUGCAUUCAGAUUAAACUACAAGUGGAUGCGCUGCUAGACACAGUAAGGAGGUCCAGGGUGCACUUUGUGCAUUGCCUGUUGCCCAAAGCAGAAGCUCUGACUGGGGAUUUGAAGGUGCUUGGAGGACCGUCACCUCGCUCUGGAGAAACAGACGCUCAUGGGGAGAGCUGUGAGACAGGCCUCAUGCAACUAGACGUUUGCUUGCUCCGGGCACAGCUCCGUGGAUCCAAACUGCUGGAUGCUCUCCGAAUCUAUCGCCAAGGUUAUCCUGAUCAUCUGGUCUUCUCCGAGUUUCGCCGUCGCUUUGACGUACUGACCCCCCACCUGACGAAGAAACAUGGGCGGAACUACAUCGUAACAGAUGAGCGACGGGCUGUAGAAGAGCUUCUGGAGUCUCUUGAGUUGGAAAAAAGCAGCUAUCACAUGGGCUUGAGCAGGGUGUUCUUCAGGGCAGGUGUAUUGUCUAAACUGGAGGAGCAGAGAGACAUCCAGACCAGACGCAAUAUCACCCUGUUUCAAGCUGCCUGCAGGGGCUAUCUGGCCCGACAAGCCUUUAAGAAGAGGAAGAUACAGGACUUGGCGAUCCGCUGCAUCCAGAAGAACAUUAAGAAGAACCGGGGGGUGAAGGGAUGGCCGUGGUGGAAGGUCUUCACCACUGUCCGUCCUCUCAUUGAGGUGCAGCUCACGGAAGAGCAGAUCCGCGGAAAAGACGAGGAAAUACAGCAGCUCAAGUUGAAGCUGGAGAAAGUGGAGAAAGAGAGGAAUGAGUUAAGACUCAAUAGCGACCGACUGGAAAGCAAGAUCACAGAACUGUCCUCAGAGCUCGCCGAUGAGAGAAAUACAGGCGAGUCUGCAUCGCAGCUCCUGGAGUCUGAGACCUCUGAGAGACUGAGGCUAGGGAAAGACAUGAAAGAUCUGCAGGCCAAAUUUGAUGCUAUGAAGAAGCAGAUGGAGUCUAUGGAGAUGGAAGUGAUGGAGGCACGACUCAUACGCGCAUCGGAGCUCAACGGGGAAAUGGAUGAUGAUGACACCGGAGGAGAAUGGAGACUGAAGUAUGAGCGAGCCAUCAGAGAGAUCGAGUUCACCAAGAAGAGACUCCAACAAGAGUUUGACGAUAAACUAGAGGUGGAACAGCAAAACAAGAGGCAGCUAGAGAGAAAGCUGGCAGACCUGCAGGCGGACCAUGAGGAAGUUCAGCGUGUGGCGCAGCAGCUGAAGAAGAAAUGCCAGAAACUGACAGCAGAACUGCAGGACACCAAACUUCACCUGGAGGGUCAACAGAGCCGCAACCAUGACCUGGAGAAGAAACAGCGCAAGUUUGACUCCGAGCAGACCCAGUCGCAGGAGGAGGUGCAGAGAGAGAGGAGCCAGCGGGAGAAACUCAGCAGAGAGAAGGAUAUGCUGACCGGGGAGGUGUUCAGUCUCAGACAGCAACUGGAGGAUAAGGAUCUGGAGAUAUGCGCUGUCAAUCUGAAGCUGGAGCAGAUGGAGGCGGAGCUUCAAGAUCUGAACUCACAGGAGUCGAAGGACGAUGCCUCGUUGGCCAAGGUUAAAAAGCAGCUGCGUGACCUUGAGGCAAAGGUCAAAGAUCAGGAGGAGGAGCUCGAUGAGCAGGCGGGCACCAUUCAGAUGCUGGAGCAGGCCAAGCUUCGUCUGGAGAUGGAAAUGGAGAGACUGAGACAGACGCACUCAAAGGAGAUCGAGAGCAAGGAUGACGAAGUGGAGGAGAUCAGGCAGUCCUGCAGCAAGAAGCUGAAGCAGAUGGAGGUGCAGCUGGAGGAGGAGUAUGAAGAAAAGCAGAAGGUCUUGAGAGAGAGGAGAGAUCUGGAAGCUAAGCUUAUGAGCGCUAAGGAGCAGGUGAGCCACAGAGAUGUGGAGACAGAGAAGCGUUUGAGAAAGGACCUGAAGCGCACAAAGGCUCUACUGGCUGAUGCCCAGAUCAUGCUGGAUCACCUGAAGAACAACGCUCCCAGCAAAAGAGAGAUCGCCCAGCUCAAAAACCAGCUUGAAGAGUCUGAAUUCACAUGUGCUGCUGCAGUCAAAGCCAGAAAGUCAAUGGAAGUGGAAAUCGAAGACCUCCAUGUGCAAAUGGACGACAUAUCCAAAUCCAAGCAGGCGCUCGAGGAACAGCUCAGCCGCCUGCAGAGAGAGAAGAAUGACCUGCAGUCUCGCAUGGAGGAGGACCAGGAGGACCUGAAUGAACUCAUGAAGAAACACAAAGCCGCUGUUGCCCAGUCCUCACAGAAUCUGGCCCAGAUCAGUGACCUGCAGGCCCAGCUGGAGGAGGCCAUGAAGGAGAAACAGGACGUUCAGGAGAAGCUCACAGCUUUGCAAAGUCAGCUGGAGUUCCAAGAGCAGUCCAUGGUGGAGAAGUCGCUGGUCAGCCGGCAGGAGGCCAAGAUCCGUGAGCUGGAGACCAAGCUGGAGUUCGAGAAGACGCAGGUCAAACGCUUGGAGGGUCUGGUAGCAAGGCUAAAGGAGAACCUUGAGAAGUUAACUGAGGAACGAGAUCAACGCAGCUCCAGCGAGAACCGGGAGAAGGAGCAGAACAAGCGUCUGCUGAGGCAGAUUCGAGACAUCAAGGAGGAGAUGGCUGAGCUAGCCAAAAAAGAAUCAGAGGCCAGCCGUAAAAAACAUGAUCUGGAAAUGGAUAUUGAGAGUUUGGAAGCAGCCAACCAGAGUCUCCAGGCGGACCUCAAGCUCGCAUUCAAGAGGAUCGGAGACCUCCAGGCCGCUAUCGAGGAUGAGAUGGAAAGUGAUGACAAUGAAGAUCUCAUCAACAGUUUACAAGACAUGGUGACUAAGUAUCAGAAACGAAAGAAUAAAAUCGAUGGCGCCUCCGAUACGGAUUCUGAGGUGGAGGAUCGUGUCGACGGGGUGAAGUCAUGGCUGUCUAAAAACAAGGGUUCUGCCAAGAACCUGUCAGAUGAUGGAAGCUUAAAGAGCUCAAGUCCACCCUCCAGCCGUAGACGCCUUGACAGAUCAGACGAUGAAGAGGAAGAAGAAAAAGAGGAAGGGGGCGCGGGCCAAAGCUCCUACCGCUCCCGCUACAAACGCAGCAGCUACCUGAACGACGGCGAGAGCAAGCUGUAUGAGACCACCGCGUAACCGCCCCCGCUUGUACUUACCUUCACGUGUUUGAUCCUCUUCCUCAAACUCGGAUCCAGAAGAGCCGGGAGGAUGUCAGCGAGAGAAGUGCAUGAUGGGAUGCCUCGCGAUCUCACGUUCUUCCUACAGUCUGCGAAAAUAAAGCCCACGUUUCUAUUGACUUUUGCUAUUAUUAGUAUUAUUAUCACCAUCCCUGUUAACAUGCGGUUUGUGCUUUAAAUGGUUUGUACAGCAUCAUGAAUCACAGCACUGUUUGUGUGCUUGCACUUCUGACAGUAUUCCGCUUCUCUUCUGACGAAACACUGCACUUGUUACAACGGUCAAGAUUAAGUGAUGAAUAUUGCUUGGGGGAACAUGCCACAGCCUUUUGCAUGGUCACGGCUGAGCCCAAGAAACAAGGCUUUGUGUUUCCUUGUGUUAACUUAACAGUUCUGGGUGUUUUUUCUGUUGUGUAAGAUUAAUAGAAAUAUUACCAAAAAAGCUUGUUUGGGUACACAAGGCACCUCUCCAACUGUACACACACUUUAUGACGGCGUGAGCUUGUGUAGCUCUUUUCACUGUCCGUUUGCUUUCAAAUGCGUUUUGCUUAGUAUGUGAGAGAGGGACGAGGAAAACCAUCUGCGAUGCCUCCCCAUGAAAAUAGAUCCUAAUUCUCCUCUGUCUUGACUUUUUGAUGUUUUAUGUGGGAAGAGUUUUCAGGUCAGUGACUUGCUGAAUUCAGCGCUGGGAUCUCUGCUACUUCUGUAACAUGCAUUUUGUUUUGUUUUCACCGACUAAGUGCUUUCUAUAAUGCUCAAAGUAGUAGUCUAUGGUCAUUUUAUUUUCACACUUGUGGUAAUUUAUCUUAUUCCAUUCACACAAACAAUUGACAUUUGCUUUUGCACCAACAGUGUAAAUAUGGAGACAGAACUGAUACUGUGAAAUCCGUGCUUCUCUAAAGCAUGUUGUCACAUUGGAUUCAUCAGUAUUUUGGCCGUACCCUAUGACUUUGAAACUCGGUAGUUAAAGGUGCACUUGAACCGGUGUGGGCGAGCACCCAUCACAUUUCCAUUGUUGCCUCCAUUUGUUGUAUGUUUUCAUUGUAGUAUUUAUGAACUAGCAUUGAUUGAACGAGAGAAUGAGCUGCCAAACUGAACCAUCAGCAACAGCACAGGGCUGACAGUCUCAUUGCUUCUCUUUGAUUUUUAAAGGGAGACGGCACGUUUUUUUUUACGUGGUUUUAUAAAACCUCUGCAAAGGUCAAUAACCUUUUUUCUAUGCAGUCAAUAUUGAUUUUAAUAUGAAAGUUGAGUGUGUCUUUGGCUAAUUGAAACACGUGGCUACGUAACAUUUGCUGGCUGUACACAUUGUUAUGAAAAUAUAUAAAUAUCUGUAUGAUUCGUUCUAGCUUUCAAAAUAGUUAAUGUUUAUUUUCUUUAUUGAAUAAAUGACCACUUGAUAAAUAAUAAUUUUUCAUUACAGCUUAAUAUAUUGUAAAUAAAUGAUGGGGAUUGUUUUAGACCUUUUGCAAUAUGUUUCUUUCAUAAUGUUUUUUUAUUGCAGAAAAAAAUACCUCACCCAAUAUUUGAAAUGUUCAGAAUACCAAAUUUGACAAAAGAUGACAGAAUACAAACAGUUUAAGUGAUUAGUGGGAUCAAAGGGAACUUUAAAAAAUAACACUUCCACCCAAAUAAGUAAUCCAUCCCUUAAAUAUUAAUUACAUUAAAUGAGUGUAGAAAAAGAUUAAAUCUCGUAGUGUGUCUACAUUAUAUGUCCCAAAGAUCUGAAUGCAGUCUUCACUUUCAUCAACCAAAUGACACGCAGUAGAAAAACUCAACUUAUGUUUUAUAUUCAACAAGCUGUUCUUCUCUGUUGGCUGAAUGUUCCAUUGCACAAUAGAAAGUCUUGCUGUAAUUCUGUAAGCUGACAGAGGGAAAGGUGGCUUACUUAGGCACAGCUUGAGAUUUCCAUUGACUGUAUCUGUGCAGUCAAAGCUAAGGACUUAUCCUAACAGCAUUCUGCAUCUGCAAAAUGAUUUCCUAUUAAACCAUAAUUUUACCUUAAUUAUAAAUAAAUACUGCCAUGGGCCACAAU